CCAAUAUGGCGCCAAAUGUCACUUUGGUGCAACAAAACAAACCCAGAAAACCAGACGGGCCAUUUCCAUGACUCAUCCGGCCUUGCCUUUCCGGUCCCCUCCCCCGCUCGCUGUUCCCCCAUCCCCCUCUCGUCACCGCUCCUCGCUGCCUCCCCGCACGCUGAUUUGUCACAUCGGCCGAAAGCAGCUCAAACUCCGCCCUCGGCAGCCUGCGGCACCAGCUCGAGUGCCCGGGGAGCAGGGGUCGCGGCGCGCGGAGAGCUGGCGGUGGACGUCGGCGACAGCUUCAGUCCAGGGUGCCAUGACCGCUGGUGUAAAGCUGUUCCCGAGGCCGAGCUCCCAAAGGCUUUGCCAGCACUCCUGAACUCCCCGAAGGAAGGUGCUGAUUGUUCCAGGGAAACAGAUGCCAACUGUGAGAAGGAGGAGAGUAAAUUCUGCUCCAUUCAUGGAUCUGCAAAUGAGCCCCAGGAUCUCCAGGAGGGACCAGCAGCCGAGGUUGAACUCUUGCCUGGGGUGCAGGAAGUCACUUGGCAUAAGCAGGGGAAUGUCACUUGUGAGCGUGCAGAGAGUGCAGAUGUGGAGAAUGGAUUCUGCACCAGGGAUGGGAGUGUGAGGGAGCCCCUGGGUCCCCAGGGCAAAUCAGCAGCCAAUAAAGAAGACAAAAGGAACCUCAGAAGAUUGCUGGGUGAACGGUUCAGGUCCCAUCCUGUGGGCGCGGCGCUGCUGAUUCUGCUGCUCCUGGUGCUGGUGCUGGCUUUGGGGAUGGCCUUGGCUGUGCAGUCAGCAGCACCACAGGUUCCAGUUCCACCUGCGACUCUGCAGUGCUGUCCUUUUGACUGGCUUGGGUACAGGGGUGUCUGCUACUACUUCUCAAGGGAUUACAGCACCUGGGGGCAUGGUCAGGAACGGUGCUCCCAGCUCAAUGCCUCCCUGGCCAUUGCCGAGGAUGAGGAGGCCAUGGAUUUGCUCUUCCGCCUCCGCGGGAACGGCGAUUUCUGGCUCGGGCUGCGCAGACGGGGCGAGCGCCUGCAGUGGGAGGACGGCAGCAGCUACAGCUCCCGUUGUGUUCUGCCGGUGAUGGAUGAGAGAUCUCUGGCUGCCUUUAUUGAGAGCCCUGAGCCUUUCCUGCUGUGUUCUGUUGCCUGCCCAGGGGCAGGAGCAGAGGCACAGAGCGCUUUUGCUGGCCCCGGGCACCUGGCCCAGCCCAGCCCAGGAAUCCCUGCCAUCAUUCCCUGCACCAUCAUCCGGCCCCAUGGCGGCUCCAGGAGUUCAGAGUGGGCAAAAUGGGAGCGAGGGAGAGGAGGCAGCUGCUGCCAGUGGGUGAAAUGUCUUUGCUGGAGCUGGCAGGGAGAGGAGGAGGGAGAAAGCGGUGCAAAGUGUUUUGGUUUAGGGCAAUUUUGGGAGAAAAACCUCUUAUGGUAGUUCUUCUAGAAGGCAAAUUCAGGGUGCCCCACUUCCAAGGGGUUUGGGACAAAGCUUUCCUUGGAUAAAAGUAGAAAAAAAUUGCUCAUUUAUUAGGCAAAACAUUCACCAGCACAAAAAGUGAUCAAUAUCAAACAAUAGGACCUCUCACUGUUGGAAGAGAUGAUAAACUCUGGAAGUCCGCUCUGUGGGCUACUGUUCACUCUGUCCCUUAUCAGUCCCUUAUCAGUCCCUUAUCAGUGCCUUAUCAGUCCUUAUCAGUCCCUUAUUUGUCCCUCUGGUGCUGGAAAUGCCUCACCCCAGGCCUGGCCCCAUGGCCAUACCCACUGCGUGUGAUCUGUGGGUGCUUUUCUGGUGUUCAGUCCAGAGUAGGUUAAACAUUAACAAGAAAGGAAAACCCACAGUACAGAGAACUUUUUGCACCUCAGAGAGCUAAAAAUUAACUAAAAUCAAAGGAACAAACUAAAAAUUAACUAAAACCAAAGGUGAGCUCUGCCUCGCCCUCUGUUCUGCAGACAGCUCAGCCCAGGAGCAGCAGUGUGCAGAGUGAGUGCAGUCUGUGAUAACAACCUGGGCCUUCUGCUCUGCCCCUUGGCUCUCAGAACCUGCCUAAAGGUGCAGGACUCAUUUCUGGGCUAAACAGACAGACGGGGACAUGAGCGUCAUAAAGUCACCCCAGGACACUGCUGGACCUCCUAAAAAUAAAACUAUUAAUCUUAACAAAUUCCCACAGAAAUGACGAAAAAUAUGAACUCAUUUAUAAAAAUAAAACCUAGCAAAACAUUUCCUCAAAAUACAAAAAUAGCCCAUAUAACUAAAAAUAGCCACUAUAACAACAACAUCAAACAACUCACUAUAACAAUACCUAAUAUUGAAAAAACCAUUAAAGUCUAGCCAUAGUUAUUUAAAAAACCUGUAAUAACAAUUUUAAACCUUAAAACCCUACAAAACAAGUUACAUCAAAUUUGUUUUUACCUCAACACUUCAACUAUAACAUUAAAACAGUUAAACCAGAGUAUUAAUUAAAUGAAAAAAAUCAAAACUACCUUCAUUAUUAAUAAUAAUAUAAUAGCAAAUAUUGGUACUUUUAAACACACAAUCUUACAAAAUAGAACCACCAUCAAUUUUCUCUUACUAGCACAUAAACAUAAUUAUGAAAAAUUUAAAAUAUUAUAUGACAUGAACUUAUCUAACCACUCAGUCCAUCCACAAAUAUCUUCAAAGAUGAAAAAUUUAACAAAUUAAAUUAAAACAAACAAUUAGUCUUAACUACACAAUUUACUUAAAAAAAAACUUUAUACCUUAACUAAAAAAAAGUUACAAAAUAAAUUUCCAAAUAUUAAUUAUUAUAAUAAUUCUAUAAGUAAUAGUACCUUAUGCACUUCACUAUAUACAACAAAUAAAAAAGACCAGAAAAAAAGUUUUUACAGUCCAAAAAAGAUUUGUAAAAAUUCUCAAAAGCUGACGAAGGUCCCACAGCCUUGUACCUCUGUUUGCAGACACUGAGAUAAGGUGUGCUGGCUUAGGAAGGUCACAGAACAGAGGUGACAUUGUUGAGAGAGAGAUUGUUUCAAGAGGUUUAGAAUAUAGCCUUGCAAAAAGAGCAGGUACUUUAGAGAAUUAGAACCAUGAAAGAUGCACUGAAACAGGGCCAUGUGAGGGAAAAAUGCAGGUGAUGGGGUUAGAAGUAAUAGGAGUUGUGAAAGAAAACAUUCACUUGUGUUAAAAUUUUAGAUGUUUAGUAGUAAUGAAAAUAGUAAUAAAAAUGAGGACAAUAGGAAUUUGGACAAUCAAAGGUAGGACAAUAAAAGACAACAAAAAAGCAAAGAAUUAGGGAUGUCUGGGUGCUUUUGCAUUCUGCCACAAAAGCACACCUUGCUAACAAAGGAUUAACCCUUAAAAGCCUAUUGCAUAUUCAUAAAUCUCAUACAUGAAUCCAACAUUCCAUUCAAACUAAGGGAGGUUUCUGCUUAAUUUCAACUCCCCCUCUCAUCUUGUACCUCAAUCAUUUUGGUCCCUCAAAGUCUGAGCUUUCCUGAAAAGGAGACAAGAGUUCUUCUCUUGGGAUCUUGGUGUGUUCUUGCUGUUAUCUCUACACGAAGAAUUUCUUGAUUAUCGUAUCCAUUCCUCGAGCUAGUUACAAAAAGUAUCUUACAUCACAUCGUUUCUAUUUUAAUAUUAUGCUAUAGCCUAAAAACUAUAUUUGCCACACUAUUUAAAAGAGAUUAAAACAGCCCUGCUUAAAAUAGACUAAUACAGCAUCACUUUCCAAUAUAACACAUGGAGUGUGAAAAAUGUGUAUUUUAUGAUUGGCUUUUCACAAAUAUUCAAAUGAAUACUAUAUGUGUUGUGUUAGAAAGUUAUGCUGUAUUAAUUCUCUUAAGUAGUGUGUUAAAUAUAGUUUUAGGUUAUAACAUAAUGUUAAAAUAGAAACUAUGCUAGGUAGGAUACCUUUUUUCUAAAGAAAGGACUCGCAGCGAGAUAGCAGCCACAGGAUACCCAAAUCUUUCAGAGAAAGAGAAUUUAUUGCUCCAUUAUCGAGUUCUUCCCACCUCACUCAGCCCUGAAGACUCAGUCAGGAUUCAGAGGAAGAAGCUGACACUGCCCAGACAGAAUCCUGGGUUUGAAUGGAAUUGAUGCAUCAUGGAUGAGGUGUAUGGAUAUGCAACAGGCUGUUGCUUUUAAGGGUUAACCCUCUGUUAACGUGGGGCCUUUUUCGGGCUUAUUUUGCCCAGAAAAGUUACCCAGACUGUCUGUAACUCUUUGUUUCUGUUGUCUCAUAUUGUCCUAAUCCAAAUUGUCCAAAUUAUUAUUACUCUAAUUAUAUUGCUAUUUUUAUCACCAUUUUAUUAUCAUUAAACUUUUUUAAAUUUUAAAAACAAGUGGUUGGCAUUUUUCACAUAUGGAAUUCAUUUUAAUAUUUGCCAAGAGCCAAUCAUAUAAUGGGCAUUUUUCACAGUAGUAUUGUGUGGCAAAAGUUUUCAGCUAAGAGGCUGGAAAACAUUUAUAAGAUAUUGUAACCAGGAAAGAAGUUAGCUUUUACUGGAAUGUGAAAAAUGCGUAUUUUAUGAUUGGCUUUUUGCAAAUAUUAAAAUGAAUAUUACAUGUGUUGUAAUUAUACAUGUGCUUUAUUAAUUCUCUAAAGUAGUGUGUUAAAUAGUUUUAGGUUAUAAAAAUUGUAAAAAUAGAAACUAUGCUAUGUAGGAUACUUUUUUAAAAGAAAGGACCUGCAGCGAGAUAGCAGCCACAGGACACCUAAAUCUUUCAGAGAAAGAGAAUUUAUUGGUCUCUUAUCGGAAGAAAGGAAAUUCUUCCCACCUCGAAGGCGCUGUUAAGAUUAGGAAGAAGAAGCUGACUAUGAGCAGGCCGAAUCCUGUGUUUGAAUGGAAUUUAUGCAUCAUGGAUGAGGUGUAUGAAUAUGCAACGGGCUGUUGUUUUUAAGGGUUAAUCCUUUGUUAACGGGUGUCCUUUUUUGGGCUUGUGCUGCCCAGAAAAAGGUACCCGGACAUCUGUAACUCCUUGUUUUUAUUGUCUUAUAUUGUCUUAAUUCAAAUUGUCUUAAUUAUUGUCACUCUAAUUGUAUUACUAUUUUUAUAACUAUUUUAUUACUUUUAAAACUUAAUUUUAAAAUUUUAAAGUUAUUUGCAUUUUUCACACUUAUCAUUCCCUUGCUCUGUUUGAUUUGAUAAUAAAUUUGAUUUGUUUGAUAAUAAAUUCAAUUAAAAUUAA